CGCACUUCCCACUGCUUUCCUCUCUGCUGUGAUCUUGUCCCUUGCUCGUCUCUUCCAAGUUGAGGUCCCCUGCGUAUUCCGAAUGCGUCACAGGACCGUGGGCCGCCGCAUAGUGAGCUGGCGAUUGCGCAAGGAUUCGCCACCAGCUCCUUGACAUCGAUCCCAUUGUCCCCUGAUUUGACCUCGCCCCCAUUCUACUUCCCGCUUCCGUUCCUCACCCACUUUCUUCCACUCCCAUUACCGCUACCAUCAUGCCCUGGUACUCCGCCUUUCCCGACCCCAAACACACCGAGCUCCAGGGUAUCUCGCCCGACGACCUUGCUGCUGUGCUGCGCGAUCCGGCUACACAGGUUGCGAAGGAUGUGCUAGUGGUGGACGUCCGAAGGACCGAUUUCGAGGGCGUAGCUAUCAAGGGCGCUAUCAACCUCCCCGCGCACUCCUUCUACGAGACUGUCGACACCGCGGUUGAGCUGCUCAAGACCGUCAAGAAGGUCGUCUUCCACUGCCAGGCCUGCCUCCCCGGCGGACGCGCCUACCGCGCCGCCGGCUGGUACGCCGACGCGCUGGAGAAGAGGGGCCUUUCGACUGACGGCGUGUACUACUUGGAGGGCGGGAUCAAGGCGUGGAAGGAGAAGUAUGGGGAGGAUGAGGAGUUAAGCGUGAAGCUAAAGGUGUUGGAGGAGUAAAGGGAGGGAUUGAAGGAGAGGGGAAGACGAUUUAGGAAGGAAGCAGACGGAUGAACUACAGUUGAAUUUCCUUUAUGGAAUCACCCCCUAUGGAAUAUCCCCGCUACGGAAUAGGGUUGGGCGAUUCCCCAGCUCGGGAGGCGGGCAUAUUCCAAUAACCCUGCUAUCUCAUACGGAAUAGGGUUGCGAGACUGUCCACCAGCCAAAAUAUUCCAUACCGGUCAUGUGAGUUAGUAGGAUGCCACCUAUUUAUGCACUGUGAGUGCCUU